GGGCAACGGUGAGAAUGGAAGCCAGCUCCAGGGGCAGCAGGUGAGUCCUUUGAGGUGAGUGGGGGCAGGAUGGCGUUAGGGCAUCUCUUUAAGUUUACACCUUUUAUUUGCCAUAGCAUCAUGUGAACCGGGAUCCUACCAUUCUUCUCAUUUCAUCUUUUUACUACUCCUUAGCAGCUGCAGCAUUUUGGCUUGACACAAUAUCAUCCCCUUCAGGACUCUCACCAGCGUUGUUAGCAUGCCCUUUUGUUGAAAUUUUAUUUAUAUAUAUAUAUAUAUAUAUAUAUAUAUAUACAUGACAAGAUGUUAUGUCGCAGCCCAGCUGCAGCCAUGAUGGUGCUAUGACAUCCAUGUACUUACUUGUACAGUGGUGCCUCGCAAGACGAAAUUAAUUCGUCCUGCAAGUUUUUUCGUCUUGCGAAGCACGGUUUCCCAAAGUCUUCAAAAUCAGCAAAGUCUUCAAAAACCUCAAAAAAGGCUACCACACCGCGUGCUAUGAGUUGCUGCUCACCCUGGGUAUUAACGGUUUUAAGAAAAAGGAAACAAACUUGCAAGACGUUUUCGUUUUCGUCUUGCAAAGCAAGCCCAUAGGGAAAUUCGUCUUGCGAAGCAACUCAAAAAACGAAAAACUCUUUCGUCUUGCGAGUUUUUCGUCUUGCGAGGCAUUCGUCUUGCGAGGUACCACUGUAAAAGGAUUGAUAUAAUGUAUCAGCAUGGUGGACUGAGAUAAAGCAUCAAUUUUUUUAAAGAAAAGAAAAGUGCAAGACAAUGGCUGGCCAAUCAAAAAAGGCUUCAGGUAGCUGCGUAGGCUUGUAAGCUUUAGAAAGUGUGUGUGUGUGUGUGUGUGUGUGUGUGUGUGUGUGUGUGUGUUUAUCACAUGCCUCCUCCAUUCACAGAAAAAGCUGGAUGGGUGCAGCAUUAUUUUAACAGUAACAAGAGCAUGCGGGAAGAGGGGCUCAAUCAUCCCCCCUGCCACUGUUUUUAAAAGCGCUACAUAACAAUAUAUGAUAAGCAUAAAUGUAUGUAAUGAACAUUAACUUACUAGGUUGCCAAAUACACAAGUUGGCCCUAGUGCUUCUUCUUCUUAGCAUUGCCGACUAACUAAAACGAUGUUUAAAGGUACAAGAUACAUUUUAAUUAUGACACCACCCCUUAAUCUCUCCUCAGUCAGGUGUAACAACCAGUCCUACUGGUUCUGAGAACCCUAAUCCCUUCUCUAGCAUUAAAGCAAGGGCCAAGCUAGAGAAGACAUGGAGCUGCAGAGUGAGAUCUCUUGUAGAAAGCUGUGGGGCGAGGGAGAAUGAAUCAGGACUGUGACGCCGGGGAACAGGGCUAACCAUCCGGCCCCCACUCCUCUAUAUUCGUGAUGAACACCCCAAUCCCCAAAGAGCCGCUUCCCCCAUGCACCUGAAAGUUUCCCCAGACUGGGGAGGAGUGCGAGGUGACACUCCCCAAAGUGUUGCAGCCCUGAACCAAAUCACCCUGUCCUGGGGCACCAUCUGGGGGGUGGGGGACCAGGGUCCACCAAUAUUUUCAAGGAGGGGGUCACCCUCCCCAAAUUCUACAGUGAUCCUCAAAAAGAUGCGCCAGGGUGAAGCAUCUUCAUCCCAACACAUCCCUUUCACGAAGGUAAGGUGGUGGGUGGCGGCCCAAUUUGGCCUGGCCAGGUUGGGAGGAGGGGAUGGCGCACAUGUGAUGUCAUUCAUGCAUGAUGGCCCCUUCCAUGUCUGAGGCAACUCAGCACGUCUGCCCCCAUCUCUACUGCAUAUGCUAAAAAAAAUUUUUUUUAAAGGGAUCAGAGGUCUGACUUUCGCUCUCUGUCAUCUCAUCUAAUUUGGCCCUCAAGACGCAUGCACACAGCAUGAAUGAGGAAGACGUGUGAAUGAUAGCUCCAUCAGGCGGUGUGUGACUCUCUGUUCAUUCAUUGGCUUGUAGUGGGAGAAAUGCCCAGGGCCAGAGCUUGCAGCUGGCCAUGCAAAGUGCUGGCUGAGGGCCUCACUGCCUCCAAAGGGUCCCUCACCAGCUCAAACCACUUAAUGUGCUCAUUGUUGGGCCCCAGACAGCCAUUUCAGCAGUGUCUCUCUGUGUGUGCUCCCAUCUACCUACUACAGUGGUACCUCGGGUUACAGACGCUUCAGGUUACAAUCAUAGAAUCAUAGAGUUGGAAGAGACCACAAGGGCCAUCGAGUCCAACCCCCUGCCAAGCAGGAAACACCAUCAGAGCACUCCUGACAUAUGGUUGUCAAGCCUCUGCUUAAAGACCUUAAAGAAGGAGACUCCACCACACUCCUUGGCAGCAAAUUCCACUGUCGAACAGCUCUUACUGUCAGGAAGUUCUUCCUAAUGUUUAGGUGGAAUCUUCUUUCUUGUAGUUUGGAUCCAUUGCUCCGUGUCCGCUUCUCUGGAGCAGCAGAAAACAACAUUUCUCCCUCCUCUAUGUGACAUCCUUUUAUAUAUUUGAACAUGGCUAUCAUAUCACCCCUUAACCUCCUCUUCUCCAGGCUAAACAUGCCCAGCUCCCUUAGCCGUUCCUCAUAAGGCAUCAUUUCCAGGCCUUUGACCAUUUUGGUUGCCCUCCUCUGGACACGUUCCAGUUUGUCAGUGUCCUUCUUGAACUGUGGUGUCCAGAACUGGACACAGUACUCCAGGUGAGGUCUGACCAGAGCAGAAUACAGUGGCACUAUUACUUCCCUUGAUCUAGAUGCUAUACUCCUAUUGAUGAGGCCCAGAAUUGCAUUGGCUUUUUUAGCUGCCGCAUCACACUGUGGGCUCAUGUCAAGUUUGUGGUCAACCAAGACUCCUAGAUCCUUUUCACAUGUACUGCUCUCAAGCCAGGUGUCACCCAUCUUGUAUUUGUGCCUCUCAUUUUUUUUGCCCAAGUGCAAUACUUUACAUUUCUCCCUGUUAAAAUUCAUCUUGUUUGUUUUGGCCCAGUUCUCUAAUCUGUCAAGGUCGUUUUGAAGUGUGAUCCUGUCCUCUGGGGUGCUAGCCACCCUCCCAGUUUGGUGUCAUCUGCAAAUUUGAUCAGGAUGCCCUUGAGUCCAUCAUCCAAGUCGUUGAUAAAGAUGUUGAAUAAGACCGGGCCCAAGACAGAACCCUGUGGCACCCCACUAGUCACUCUUCUCCAGGAUGAAGAGGAACCAUUGAUGAGCACCCUUUGGGUUCAGUCAGUCAGCCAGUUACAAAUCCACUGAGUAGUAGCAUAGUCAAGACCGCAUUUUACCAGCUUCUUUACAAGAAUAUCAUGGGGCACCUUGUCAAAUGCCUUGCUGAAAUCAAGGUAGGCUACAUCCACUGCGUUCCCUUCAUCUACCAGGCUUGUAAUUCUGUCAAAAACGAGAUCAGGUUAGUCUGACAUGACUUAUUUUUCAGAAAUCCAUGCUGACUAUUGGUGAUCACAGCAUUCCUUUCUAGGUGCUCACAGACUGUUUGCUUAAUGAUCUGCUCCAGAAUCUUCCCUGGUAUUGAUGUCAGACUGACUGGGCGGUAAUUAUUUGGGUCCUCUCUUUUCCCCUUUUUGAAAAUAGGGACAACAUUUGCCCUCCUCCAGUCUGCCGGGACUUCGCCUAUUCUCCAGAAAUUCUCAAAGAUGACUGCCAGUGGUUCUGAGAUCACAUCUGCCAGUUCUUUUAAUACUCUUGGAUGCAGUUCAUCUGGCCCUGGAGACUUGAAUACAUCUAAACUAGCCAAGUAUUCUUGUACUAUCUCCUUAGUUAUUCUGGGCUGUGUUUCCUCUGCUGAAUCAUUUGCUCCAAAUUCUUCAGGUCGGGCAUUGUUUUCUUUAUCAGAGAAGACUGAGGCAAAGAAGGCAUUGAGGAGUUCAGCCCUUUCUGUGUCCCCUGUUUGCAUUUCACCAUCUUCUCCUCUGAGUGACCCCUCUGUUUCUUUGUUCUUCCUUUUGCUACGAACAUACCCAUAAAAGCCUUUUUGUUGCUUUUAACCUCUCUAGCAAGCCUGAGUUCAUUCUGUGCUUUAGCUUUUCUGACUUUGUGUCUACACGUGCUGGCUAUUUGUUUGAAUUCCUCUUUGGUGGUUUCCCCCCUUUUCCAUUUUUUGUACACAUCCUUUUUUAAUCUUAACUCAGUUAAAAGUUCUUUAGAUAGACACCCUGGCUUCUUUAGGCACCUUCCAUGUUUCCGUCUCAUUGGUAUUGCCUGAAGUUGUGCUUUUACUAUCUCCCUCUUAACAAACUCCCAGCCAUCAUGAACUCCCUUUCCUUUUAGUAUUACUGUCCAUGGGAUCUCACCCAGCACUUCCCUAAGUUUUAUGAAGUCGGCUUUCUUAAAGUCAAGAAAUUAAGUCCUGGUAUGCUUGGCUGCUCCUUUCCGCUAUAUAGUAAACUUCAGAAGAGCAUGAUCACUCGCGCCUAAUGAUCCUUCCACUUCUACCCCACUAACCAGGUCAUCAACAUUGGUUAGGACCAGGUCUAAAAUGGCUGUUCCUCUUGUUGCUUCUCCCACUUUCUGGACAAUGAAGUUGUCUGCAAGGCCGGUGAGGAAUCUGUUUGACCUUAUGCUCUUGGCUGAGUUUGACAUCCAACAAAUAUCCGGGUAAUUGAAGUCCCCCAUUACUACUAUCUCCCUUCCUUUUGCAUGCUUGGCCAUCUGUUCCAGGAAGGCAUCAUCUAUGUCCUCCGUUUGGCUUGGGGAUCUAUAGUAAACUCCCACAAUGAGGUCACUGUUAUUCUUCUCUCCCUUAAUUUUGACCCAAAUGCUCUCACUUUGGCUUUGAGGUUCUAAAUCUUGGAUCUCUUCACAGGUAUACACAUCCCUGACAUAUAACGCCACUCCUCCUCCUUUCUUGUCUGGUCUGUUUCUCUGAAAUAGAUUGUAUCCCUCCAUUAUUACAUUCCAAUCGUGGGACUUAUCCCACCAGGUUUCAGUGAUGCCUAUUAUGUCAUAUUUAGUUUGCUGUACCAAGAGCUCAAGCUCAUCUUGUUUAUUUCCCAUGCUUUGCGCAUUAGUGUACAGACAUUGAAGUCCAUUAAUCCUUCCCCGGGUCUCUUAUUUAAGGAUUUUUUCCUCCCACCACUAGGUCUGCGUGCUGUUUGCUCCAUUUGGUCUAUGACAUUUGGAUGAUCAUCUUCAUCAAUUGAUAGACUCCUACCUUCAGGAGCACUGUCUCCCUCCCCACAUUAGUCAGUUUAAAGCCCUCCUGAUGAGGUUUCUGAGAUUUUUUGGCAAAAACAUUCCUCCCAACCGUUGUGAGGUGCAGCCCAUCGCUUGCCAGAAGUCCAUCUUCAAGAAACUGCAGUCCGUGAUCUAAGAAUCCAAACCGUUCCUGUUUACACCAUUUGCGAAGCCAGCUUUUCACUUCCACUAUUUUCCCUCUCUCCCUGGGCCACGUCGUUCAACUGGGAGGACAGAUGAGAUGACAAUUUGUGCAUUUAAUUGCUUCAAUUUCCUGCCCAGAGCCUCGUAGUCUCUUUUGAUCUUCUGGAGGCUAUUGCUUGCAGUGUCAUUGCUUCCCACAUGAACCAAGAGGAGGGGGUAUUUGUCAGUGGGUUUUAUGAUUCCUUGCAGUCGUUCAGUUACAUCUUGGAUCUUAGCCCCGGGGAGACAGCACACUUCCCGAGACAUCUUGUCAGGCCCACAGAUCACUGCUUCUGUUCCCCUCAGUAGGGAAUCCCCUAUCACCACUACACGCCUCCUCUUAGGUUUGGUCGGGGUUCUUCCGUGAGCUGUCCGUCCCAAGGUCGCCUGCACCAGGAAGUGGUUGCUCCAGGUUAAGAACUUUGCCCCAGGGUAAGAACGGAAAUCGUGCGCCAGCAGUGCAGCAGCAGCAGUAGCAGCAGGAGGCCCCAUUACCAAAAGCAUGCCUCAGGUUAAGAACCGUUUCAGGUUAAGAACGGACCUCUGGAACGAAUUAAGUUCUUAACCCAAGGUACCACUGUAUUAUUGUGGCAACGUGCUCAGUGAAGCCAUUUUGAGAGUUAAAAUGUUAAGCAAGGAAGCCAUUUUGUUGAUCUAGGGCAGGCCCCCAUAUCCAGUACAUACACUCAGACACCCACGACCCAGAGACACACAGAGAUAGGCUGAUAAGGAUUACCAAGUAAGGACAGGGAAGGCUCAUGCCCAACUCCUCAUGCCCUGUCUCUAGGUUGAACCUAAUGUAUCUAUCUGGAACAUACUCUCCAAGCACUAGGGGCCUGGAGAUGAGGGCAGUUAAGUGGGGUUUCUGCCACUGUCGUGAUGGCAGCAGCUAAAGAAAAUAAGGGUGGCUGGAUUGGAGCAGGGUAUCGGUGGCCCCAUGCCAAGGGUUCUUCUAAAAGGGUUUUUUUGCAGGGCCUGCCAUGUUGUUUUUCAGGCAGGACUUUUGUGCCUUUAAAAGACGCACCUUCAAAAGUUGCUCUCCAGUGCUAGAAAAAGCUCCACCUGUUGAAUGUGCAACUGUCAAAAUUCUUCUAGGAACAGAGGAAUGAAGGGAAGGAGCUGUCUUAAUUUUUCUGCCUUUGUUUCAUCUUGUGGCUUAGAAGAGGGGGAGGGGAGCCACAGAAAAUACUUUACACAUAAAUUUUUAGAGGUCUUUAGCAGAAAAUAGGAACAACAAGGAAAUAAAACAAAAGUUUAAAUUUAGCCACUGAAGAAUCAGUCUGUGUCACUGGGAAGAUUCACAAAACUCACAAGGUGAAGAAUUGACAGAUACACAGAGAAAGAGAAGAGACACUAUUGCAUACGGAUUUUCAGUUAAAGGACCUGGUGAGAACUUCUUGCUCUCCCCUAAACAACAGAACAAGGAAAUAGUUAGUCCUGGGAAACCUCCUCUUCUGGAGCUGGAAUUCAUGCACAACACACACACACACACACACACAUACACACACACACAAUGCCCUGCAUUUUAACCUCUUGAACCUGGCAAGCCAGGUGGUGCUUGAAAAUCAUAACCUAUAGGCAUCCCAUACUAUAUGACUCAAGGCAUCAUAUUAAUUCAAAUUGCUUCCUCCCCACAGCCCCUUCCAGCUAUAUUUACUGCUAGAAAUAAAUAAAUAAAGUUGUUCCUUAGACCAAGGCUCCCUGGAACAUACAACUGAAAUAUUCCUGGCUUCCCGCAACAUCUAAAGUUCAAAUUUUGAGCUCCUUAAUAAUAGGAAAAGCACAGCUAAGCAGACAAUUUUGUGAGUAAAUGGCAAAGUGGCUUAAUCUACAACUCUUUCCAUUCCAGAGUGGAGAACGAGGGGAGCACGGGGGGUGGGGUGGGGGGUGGAGGAGGAGUUAUUGUGUGCUUAAUGAACAUGGAGUUCUCGUCUUGCAUACAUAAGCCAUCUCUGCCCAGUUGGGAAGCCAGUGAUCAAAAGAGGAUCAGAAAUGGAAUAUGAUUAUUUCUGUAAGUCAGGCUGGACUACUGGCAGCAUUGUGGUAAAACUCUGAAUACACUGCCAUUUGCUCUCACUGACUUCUACUAUAAAUUUUGUCUCUUUGUCUGUCCAUUUGUCAGUCCGUCUGUUCUCUAUGGAUUUGGCUGCCUUUCGAGAUAUUGUUGCCAAACUCAGCACGAGAGUUCCUAAGGUGGGGGAGAUGAUAGGGUCCUGGGUGUCAUAUAGAUUAUGAUGCCAGACCGAAAUGUGACGGUGCCCAUUGUUUCGGCACAGGUGCAGCUGCCACUCGAGAUAUCACUGCCAAACAUAGCAUAAGGGUUCCUGGGGUGGGGGCUGGUGCUCUUUGCCUAGAUACCAGGUGUCAUUUUGAACUGACAUGGUGGACCAAAACAUGACUCUGGGGUGGCUUAGCCCAAGGCCUUGCCUGCCAAUGAGAAGGACCAAGUUGGUUGGUACUGGGGAAUGUGCAUAGCUGUGUGGGCAUUUAUAACCAUUUUCUCCAGACCACCUAGUUCAGUAUUCCACUCACUACACCAUGCAAAACAUAUUUUUUAAAGAAUUAAUUGACCCCAAAGCCUCCAAUCAGUUACUGAUUUAAUUUUAUUGCUUUUCUCUUUUAUUCAGUGCAGAGGCAGCCUUUGCGAUGGAGAGCUCAAACCAACUUUGGCUGGAGAGGCUGUUUCCUCCUUAUUUCAGCAAGGAAGAUUUCUUCAGUGGGUCCCAUCAGCCAGAAACCUCUGAUUUGUGAAAAGUUUGCUUUGGAGAGGGCAAGAAGGACUGAGCAAAUCUACAACAAAACGGCUAAGGCCAGUUUUCAUGAGGAUCAACAGUUCCAAAGGAAAGGAUCUCCCUCCAAACUCCUUGGGAGCGAGCAGGAGUUGAACUUUUGGGGAAGAAAGAGAGAAAAUUCAAAGGAGUUUAAAGAUGGGGAUUCCACCCGCAGGGGAUCUGCUAAUUUAGAUGUUGAAUCAGGAGAAAGGAUAGCUGAAACAGGAGGUCAUUGUACCUGGAAUACAAAGGAACUGGCAGUUUUAAGACAAGAGGUGUGCAAGGAACAUUUGGAAAAUAUCUCUUUAAAGCUUCAGGUGUCCCUUCUCAAGGCGGAGCUGGUGGAACUUAAAGCCAAAUACAAAACAUUAGUGGCAGAAUCUGAACAAGCGACGCAAGAGCUGAGCGACUACAGAACAGAAGCUUGGUGUAAAACUGGCUGGCUGGAGCAGAUUCAAAGGCAAAGGUUCGAAAGAGAUUCCAAGAUUGAAGUGUUUAAACAAGGCCUACUUGAGAAAUCAGACAGCACCAGAAGUUUAAAGGAGGAACUGAAACAAACAAGAGGAGAAGUCACGCAUUUAAAGUUGCAGAAGAAGGAUUUACAAGAAGAGUUAAAGGAAUUCAGAGAGCGGCAAGAUUUUCAAAACAAGUUACUCACAGAAAACAUGAAGCUCUGUCAUGAUAUGGAAAUGAGAAAAAUACAAAAAGAGCUGGAGGAUGCUAAAGGAGAGCUGGAUGCAGAGAAAGCCUUGAAUACAAAGAGUGCUAAAGAUCUAGAGAUGCUGAAAAUACACUUUUCAGGCCAGCC